AUGAACAAGGCGGAAACUCCAUCGGACUCCUUUUCCGAGCUCCACCUGAUAGCCGCGAUUGGCUUGUCGCCAGCAUUAGUGGGACUGCUUCUAGGCAUCUAUUCGCUUUGGUAUCUCGUAGGGCCUGCUUUGAAGCAGCAUAAUACCAGCAAUCAGCCGCCCAUCGUCGGAUGUCGAAGCCGUUGGGAACCUACCUGGUUGGUACGACUUCGAUUCAUCCGGGGAAGCAGAAAGAUUAUUGGCGAAGGAUAUGAGCGCUUCAAAGAUACUAUGUUCCAGGUGCGGCGAGUCGGCACUGAUGUUCUGCUCGUCUCCAGCAAAUACAUGGAUGAGAUUCGCACCUUGACUCGCGAUGCUACCGGUUCUGUGCCCCCUUUGGUCCAGGAUUACCCCGGUGAAUAUACGCAUGGCAUGCCAUUCUUGCGCAGUGAUCUGCAAAACCGAGUCCUUCAACAGAAACUUACUCCGAAUCUCCCCUCGUUAGUCCCGGUGAUGGUUGAAGAGCUGGAGUUUGCAAUGAGAAUGGAGAUGCCCGAGUGUGCUGAUGACUGGACUACAGUCGACAUUAGUUAUAAAAAAAGUCUAUUACAAUAUAGAUAUUAUGGAAUAUCCAUAUAUAACUUAAAAUUGACAUGCCAAUCCUCUCGCGAAUCAUCACUCGCAUUACCUCCCGCAUCUUCCUCGGACCCAAAGAAGGCCAAUGUGGCGACGUCUCGACGCAUAGUCGGUGAGAUCGUACGUGAACGGAGAGAAAUCGAGGCUGCGAAGCCAGCAGAUUACACGAAGCCUGCGGACAUUUUGCAAUGGAUGAUGGAUGCUGCCACCGGUCAAGAGGCGGAACCCGGGGACCUAGCACAACGGAUGCUGAUCUUAAGCGUGACAUCCAUCCACACCACAACAUUAACCAUGACUCAAGCUAUCUACGAUCUCUGUGCACACCCACAAUACCUGGAGCCCCUCCGAGCCGAGGUGGAAGACGUGCUGUGUACAGAUGGUGGCUGGGGCAAAUUAACGGUCAACCACCUGCGCAAGAUGGACAGUUUACUGAAAGAGUCGCAGCGAUUUAAUCCUGUUUUCUUGUUAACCUUCAACCGCAUCCUCCCCAAAUCAAUAACCCUCUCCAACGGCGUCUCCAUUCCAGUCGGCUCGCGCAUCGCAGUCCCUUCCAACGCCAUGUUAAACGAUCCUUCCCGAGUGCCAGGUGACGCGCCAACUUCCUUCGACGCCUUCCGGUACUCGAGGCUGCGUGAGGAGCCAGAGAAUGCCCAGCGGCACCUCUUCGUCAUGACUGAUCAUAAUAACUUGGCAUUCGGCUACCGGAAGUUUGCAUGUCCUGGUCGGUUCUAUGCCGCUAAUGAGAUGAAGAUGAUGCUGGCGCAUAUGCUCAUCUGCUACGAUAUGAGGUUCCCUGAUGGGCGCGGGAGGCCUAGGAACUUUACUAUCGACUCGGAUAUGUAUCCUGAUCCGGCUACGCGGUUGCUUAUCCGGAAGAGGCGUUCCAUUGGAAAGGGUAUGGAGGAGCUAUUGAGGUCUGUUGCUCCUGUGGCUGCUUGA